CUCCAGCUGCUUGUAUCUCUUACCUCACCCAUCAUGAAUCAGCUGUGGCCUCCACCGACAUAUAAAAGAACAUGAGAUCAAUAAAACCAUAACCCGGUCACAGAUCAGCGUCUUCGCAGCCACAGCGACAGUUUGAAGGUGGUAAAAAAAAAAAAAAAAGAUCUGCGGGUCCAACCGGAGCAGCAGCAGCCAUUCAGAGCCCGUUCACCGCGGGAUGUGUGCGCUCAGAGCCUCUCUUACAACAACGGAUGACCGCUGUGACUCUGAGAGGACCGGCACAGAGGCAGACAGGCUGCUGAGCCUGGUUCUGGCUUUCUUAAGAGGCGAACCUGCAGCUUUUUAAAGAACAUUUCAGCGCGAAUCAAAGUUUCUCAUCUCGUUGACGCACGUUGGCUACGUCUGUAUGUGUGUGUGUGUGUGUGUGUGUGUGUGUGUGUGUGUAUGAGAGGUUUGUUUCACUCUUAUAAAUACUAUUAGUUGUUUUUCUUACUACAUGUUAGUUAAUGAAGAGGUGGUGGUUCAGAAAUAACGUUUAAACAGGUGUUUGGAGUAAUUUUAAUGGAAGUCUUCGCGGUCUUGGGCGUGUCAGCGAGCAGCCCUCCUCAGCUUUGUUUCUUUGGUGUGUGCAAUCCAUCUCAUCAUGGACAGCCUGCUGAGCGGGGCCAGUAAAGGGGCCAGUGCCCUUCAGUCAGCACAGACCUCAUCACGUCAUAGAUGCUUCUCGCUGUCCUGCCCCUGUAUGACUGACUGUUUGGGAAACAAUAAAGCUUAAAUUCUUCUCAGCCUGAACAAAAGAGCCAUGCAUCCGCUGCUGUCCCUCAGUGUCUUUUGGCUGCUGCCCCUGGCCUUGACGCUGGAAGAAGACUCACCACUGGACUGUAUCCCCCGUAGAUCCGUGCCCUAUCAUAGGGACAAUGCUCACCUCUUUCAUGAGGAGGGAGUGUCCAACUACUCCACCAUGCUGCUGAGAGAAGAUCUGGACCUGCUAGUGCUGGGUGCCAGGGAGGCAGUAUAUGCCCUUGACCUUAACGACAUCUCCAAGAAACUUGCUUCAGUUAAAUGGGAAGUGACACAAAAGCAAGAAGAUGAGUGUAAGAACAAAGGAAAAGAUCCUGAGACGGACUGCAAGAACUAUAUCAGGAUCCUCCAUAAGACGGAGGAUAACAAGAUGUACGUGUGUGGAACGAAUGCUUUUGAUCCCGAGUGUGAUUACAUGUCCUAUGUAGAUGGAAAGCUGACUCUUGAGAAGAAAGGAGAAGAUGGCAAAGGGAAGUGUCCGUUUGAUCCUUUCCAGAGAUACGCCUCCAUCAUGUUUGAAAACAAUCUCUACUCAGCCACUUCAAUGAACUUCCUGGGCUCUGAACCUGUCCUGAUGCGUAGCAAUCCUGUCUCCAUACGCACUGAGUUCAAGAGCUCCUGGCUUAAUGAGCCCAACUUUGUUUCCAUGGCUCAGAUGCCAGAGGGCGAGCUGAGCGAGGAUGGAGACGACGACAAGGUUUACCUGUUCUUCAGCGAGACAGCUGUGGAGUGCGACUGCUACAACAAGCUGGUGGUCUCUCGUGUGGCCCGUGUCUGCAAGGGAGAUCUUGGAGGUCAGAGGACAUUGCAGAAGAAAUGGACAUCCUUCCUAAAGGCCAGAAUGGACUGCCCAGUGCUCGAGUCUCAGCUGCCGUACAUUAUCCAGGACACUUACCGCUGGUGUGACCCCCAGCAGCGCUGGAAGGACUGUUUGUUCUACGCCAUCUUCACACCACAGUCGGACACAUCAGACCUGUCUGCAGUGUGUGUGUACCGCGUGUCUGACAUCAGCAGAGUGUUUGCGGAGGGGAAGUACAAGACCCCAGUCCCCGUAGAAACCUCUUUUGUUAAGUGGGUGAUGUAUAGCGGAGAUGUCCCCGUCCCUCGGCCCGGAGCUUGCAUAGACAAUGAGGCUCGUAAAGCGGGCAUAACUCAGACUCUGGACCUCCCAGACCGGACCCUUCAAUUUAUCAAAGAUAGGCCCCUCAUGGACCAAGCCAUCCAGCCAAUAGGAGAGAAGCCUCUACUGGUGCGAAGGGGAGCUACAUUCACACGCAUCAUAGUCAACCAAGUGCAGGCUGCAGAUGGCGAGAAGUACCAUGUGAUGUUCAUUGGCACAGAGCAGGGCACAGUGCUGAAAGCGGUGAACUACGAUGGAGAGAUGUUCAUCAUAGAAGAAAUCCAACUCUUCCCUCACCCAGAGCCAAUCAAGAUAAUGGCAUUCUCUAAUGUUACGGGUCAGAUCUAUGCAGGAUCCGACGCUGGAGCAGCACAGAUACCACUGGCCACCUGUGGAAGGUCCUCAUCCUGUAUGGACUGUGUGCUAACCAGAGACCCAUACUGUGGCUGGGACAAAGUUGUUGGGAAAUGUAUUCUCCUUUCUAGUUCACAAAGUGAACUAAUCCAAAGUGUCAAAAAAGGAGAUGCCUCUCUCUGCCCAGAUGCUGAUCCUGUUAAGCCUCUGAAUCGGUCCUUCUGGCCUGGGGGAAACUUGAAGCUCAAUUGCCCUUCACCUUCCAACCUGGCAAAAACGAGCUGGGAGCGGGACGGCAGCCCUCUGAUCACUGAACCUCGCAUUCAGCAUAUCGGAGACACACUGCUUAUCCUCAACGCCUCAAACUCCGACAUUGGUCGCUACCGCUGUCUGUCUGUGGAGAGUUCCAAAGCUGCCGAAUACAAGACCACUGUGGCCAUUUACCAGGUUAGCGUAGGUCCAGCAGGCCCUGGCAAUAAGAAUCUGCUUUUUCCCCAGGCUCAGAGGGAUGGCCCCUCUGUGACUGGACUGCAGGCUGUCCUUGGGCUCUUUGUGGUUGGUUUUCUUGUCCUUUUGGCCUGGAAUUUUUACAAAGGCCACAUACCGCUUCCUUGGAACUGCAGAAAGAACCAAGAACAACCCCAGGACCAGGAGGGUCUGAACUCCAGUGUGACAUACCAAGAGGCACUAAGGCCUGCCCUAGCAGAGGACAAGCCCCUGGUGUCAGGAACAGACAACGGCACCAGCAAUAACAACCACACCGGAGGAGAGGCAGCAUUCAGUGCUGCAGAGGAGAAUGAUGCCCCAAAAGUGAAUCUUCCAUCUCUGCAGUUUAUUGAUGAUGAGUCCGAAAUUUGAGAAUGAAUUCAGAGCUUUUCAGUUUAACAUAUGGGACUUGUACAAUGAGUUUAAAUACUUUCCAUAUGGUUGAAACUUUUAUUUCAGAGACUAUAAACAGUCGAGCACAGUUGGACACACCAAAAGAAAGAGACACUUGAAUUUCUGCUUUACUGUUUUUGUUUUACUAUAAUUGUUUGUGGAUUUAAAAGUAUAUUUUAGUUAACUACUAAUUGAUGAUUUAGAUUGAAAUAUCUUGUACAGACUGGUAUGAUUUUCACAAGGAAUGUACAAUGACUAAAAUUGAGCCAUUUCAAUUCUAACCACUAGCUGAGAUUUAGUUUUAUUAUAAUAAACCUUUUCUACCUGG